GCGCAUCUGGCACCACCCCGGCCACGCUGGAGCCCGCGCCCGCCCUGGCCCGGCCACGCCGGGAGCCCGGCCCCGAGCUGGAACCCCAUCUGGAACCGCGGGCCCGGGGCCCUGAGCCGCGCAGCCGGCGCAUGGUUAACUCGCUGCUGUUCGGGGAGAUGGCCUUGGCUUUCGGUUGCCCGCCGGGGGGCGGCGGCUGCGCAGGCGGUGGCGGUGGUGGUGGGGCCGGGCCGGGGCCCUCGCCCGUAACGGCGGCACUGCGGGACGAUCUGGGCUCCAACAUCCACCUCCUCAAGGGGCUCAACGUGCGCUUCCGCUGCUUCUUGGCCAAGGUGCACGAACUGGAGCGGCGUAACCGGCUCCUGGAAAAGCAGCUGGAGCAGCAGCAGAGUGAGCGCGAGCGGCGGCUCCGCUACAAGACCUUCUCCCGCGAGCAGGCCGUGCAGACCGGGCCCGAACUGCUGCGGCCGCCGGCUGCGGGCGGCGGACAGGCCCUCGGUGCGGCCACCGGCGUCAACGCCAACACGGUGGCCCUGGGCGGCCUGCCCCCCGGCGGCGGCUCUCACCCGCAGCACUACGGCCGCCUGCCCGGGACCAUCUGGAGCUACACGCAAGUGCGGCGAACGGGCGGCGGCGGCGUGGAGACAGUGCAGGGCCCCGGCGUGUCGUGGGUGCACCCGGACGGCGUGGGCGUGCAGAUUGACACCAUCACGCCAGAGAUCCGCGCACUCUACAACGUGCUGGCCAAGGUGAAGCGCGAGCGUGACGAGUACAAACGGAGAUGGGAGGAAGAGCUAUCCAAGCGUAUGGACCUUCAGACCAUGGUAGACACACUGCAGGAGGCAGCGCAAGAAGCUGAGGCUAUCCAGGAGGAGAUGAACGAGAAGAUUGAACGGCUCAAGGCCGAGCUGGUGGUGUUCAAAGGGCUCAUGAGUGACCCCAUGACAGACCUGGAUACAAAGAUCCAAGAAAAGGCUAUGAAGGUGGACAUGGACAUCUGCCGCCGAAUCGAUAUCACGGCUAAGCUGUGCGAUGUUGCACAGCAGCGGAACUCGGAAGACGUGUCCAAGAUCUUCCAGGUGGUCCCUAAGAAAAAAGAUCGUAAGGUGGCUUCAGAUGAUGACAUCGCAGAGCAGGAUGGGGAGGUGAAUCGGUUCUCAGAUGAGGAGGUCGGCUCCAUGAACAUCACGGAUGAGAUGAAGCGAGUGUUCAACCAGCUGCGGGAGACCUUUGAUUUUGAUGAUGACUGUGACAGCCUGACUUGGGAGGAGAAUGAAGACACGCUGUUGUUAUGGGAGGAUUUUACCAACUGUAACCCGACCAUUGACCUACAGGGCGAGCAAGAAGAAAACUUGGGCAACUUGAUCCAUGAGACUGAAUCCUUCUUCAAGACGAGAGACAAGGAGUACCAGGAGACGAUAGGCCAGAUCGAGCUGGAGCUGGCCACAGCCAAGAGCGACAUGAACCGACAUCUACACGAGUAUAUGGAGAUGUGCAGCAUGAAGCGAGGCCUGGAUGUGCAGAUGGAGACCUGCCGCCGGCUCAUCAAGGGCUCUGCAGACAGGAAUUCACCGUCCCCCAGCUCUGUGGCCAGCAGUGACUCAGGAAGUACAGAUGAGAUCCAGGAUGACUUGGAGCGGGAGGCGGAUGUGGAGCCCAUGGUCAGCUGAUAACGGAGGCCCCGCGCAACUGGUGGUCUCGGUGAUGGGGCACAGCCUCCUCUCCUCACUGAGCCACGAGGGCUCCUCGCCACAGAGACUUCUGUCCUCCCUUCUCCGGAGGCCCAGCGGGACCGCUGCUUCCUUCCUUCCUUGACCACCCACCCACCCACCCACCCACGGAAUGGUGCUGUCGAUUUUCUAUCGUUCUCCACAUCACAAUUGCAGACUUCUGUGCGGCAGUGCAGUGCAAUGUGCCUUCUCCCUUAAGCUGAGCCACUUUGAGCUCCAAAGAAUUCUUCCUAGCAGGUGUUUUUUAUACAAAACUCUAAGGUGAGGGUGGGGCCUGGGGUGUGGUAUCUUUUGGUUUUUCUUCCUCUCACCUGCUCCCCUGAUUGGCCAUGAGCUUCGUCCUCCCUCCCCAUGUCCUGGCCCUGACUAGAAGUCAAGUCGGUGGCCAUUUGGGGGAGUCUGCCUUCCAGAGGAAGGAGGCUGUUUACCUGCAGACCUGGGUGAGGACUCCUUAAUACUUUCUCACCCACUGAAAGAGAGAGGUGGAUGGAAUGGCGGGAGGGAAGACCAAUCUUUUUUUUCCUUUGGAUCUAGUGGCAAUGUGUUGGGUCAAGGCACUGUGGGGGACGGUAGAGCCUCACUGUUUAAACUAUGCAAAAAACAAAAACAAAAACAAAAAGCAGCUUGCCUUAUAUCAGUGGGAAGGCAGGCCCUCUCUCAGACUCCUGGGAAACCCUCAUAGCCUCUGAGGGUGAGCCGUGGAUCUGGGGGUAGUCCCAUUCAGGUCUCUGGUGAGGCCUGCAUUCUGUAAGCUGGCCUACUGGACUGCUGGCUUUCUUGGGGACCUCUGUGGGGUGGGGAGGGUGGGGUGGUGGUCUUUUAUUGUCCUGAUGACUUGAUGUUCCUUCCCGCCUCUCCAGCCACCUGCCAGGUUCCACAAUUGUAAUUUCUCUGUGAGAAAAGUAUGAAUGGGCCAGGUCACUGGUACCCACUCCGUCCGCCAUGGCGCCAUCUUGGUCCUCCAUUGUUCCUCUGGCUGGAAAAAAAAAAAAGCCUUGUGAGGGAGGAAGAGGGAGGUGGUGGGGCUCCUGGCAGGCUGGCAGUAGCCAGAGUAGAAGCCCCAAGUGAGGAGUGUCCAUAGCCACUUGGUUGGACUCUUGGAGAGUCACUCUGAGCCAGUGUUUCCCCAAGGCUGCAAUGGCCUGAGUUGAGGGACCGUAAGACAGACCAUCCAUCUAGUCUCAGCUGGGAACUCGCCUAGCAGUCAGGUUUUAUUUUUAUUUUACUUGUUCUUAUUUUUGUAUCGACUCUAGUGGUUUUGAUGGCCUAUGUUGUUUUUUGUUGACCCAGCAGCUCCCUCUGGAGGUCAAAGGAACAAAAUGUACCCAGGGACCAGAACUCAUGGGCCCUCUGAGGCCUGUGUGUUGAAGGACAGGGGACUCUGGGCUGGAGCCGUGGUGGGACCCUGAUUGUCCCCUGCGUCCUUGUAUCUCUGUGUGUGAGUGACCCCAUCUGUUUUGCAUUUAGAACAAGUGUAUAUAAUAGGCAAAUGUAUGUAUAGAGAGGAGAGAGAAUGUUAUUUGUUGGCAACUUGUUUAUCUAAUUUAUCAGAAUUUGGUGGCCUUUCUCACGUGGUUGAAUGGGGGGUGGGGUACAUCCUGUGCAGCCUGGCUGCAACAUUCAGUUAUCAUCUCUUGAUGACCAAACUGUCCUUCCCGGCAGGUACUUGGAGGGACAAUGGUUUGGAAGAGACACAGCCCCUUCCCUCACCCCCUUUCCCACCUCCCAUUCUUUUAAAGGUUACAGGGUUCAUUAGCUUCUGGUUAUUAUUAUUAUUGUUAUUAUUGUUAUUAUUGUUUUGUUUGUAUUUUAACCAAAGGGUAUCAGAGCCAGAUGGGCCUGGACCUUAGCUGCUGUAAAAAAGAUUUCCGUUUCUGUGAGGGCAGGAAGAUGGCUGCCCCCAUGGGUGUGUUCAGCUGAGGCUGGGGAAGGUGUCCAUCCAGUGGUAGAGGCUGGGAGUUGGGCAGGCAGAGUAGAAGCUGGCCCUUAGCUGUUCUUCAAGGUGGCGGUGUGGUGACACAUAUCUCUAGAGUUAAGACAGUAAGCUAUAGUAUAAACAUUUGGGGUGACGAAGGUUACCCUGGAAACUGGUGUCCUGUGGUGUUAUUUUUUGCUUUUCCAACUGUAUACAUAGGUCAUUUGUCUAGGGCAUUGAGAAAGGCAGGCUCGGGCGUGUUCCUUCCUGCGGGCUUUCAAAGUCUGCUUUCUCCUAGAGAGAGAGGCUCCAAGGCAGGAGGAUGAUGGGAGAAGAGCGAGGGAUUGGUGGGCAUGCCUCCUGGGCUGGUUCUGGAGUCUGGGCCUGGCCUCCACUCUCUCUCUUUCUCUCUCUCUCUCUUUUUUCAGUUUGUUGCCAGUGGGUCCUGCUUGUCCCCUCACUGUGAGCCCACAGCUUGCCAAGAAAGACCCCACCGCUCACUGGGGCAGCGCCUGCCCAUCCUGGACGGACUCGUCCAUCCUUGUAAACAUGUGCAUACUUCCUUUUGAGUUUUCUUUUUCUGAGCCCGGUGUCAUAUUGACACUGGCGUUUCAGGGCUUCUCAGAUGGGCUCUCCAUGUCACCCUUGGGCACGCUCCUAUUUGGGGGGAGGGCCACGUACACAGGCACAGCAGGGAGACAGCUGCAUCCUUUCAGGUCCCUGGUUGGUUGUGAAACACACACACUCACACACACAUACUCACACACACACCCACUCACACUCCUCUAAGACUCCAAAGGAGAAUGAUUGGGUAGAAGUUUUGUCUCCCUGUGGCCUUGUGUCUGGAAGGCCUGUCCACUUUGGACUCUGCUCCAGGGGUGGAGCUCAGAUGACCUGUGGCGCAUCAGGCCACUUUGAUGUGGGGCGGGAGGAGAGGGGGUGGGCUAAGGGAUGUGAUAAGGUGUAACUUAAGCUAAAUGUAUUCUAUUUAUAAAGCAAGAGACUCUAUUUUUGUGAAAGGAUCAGGUUUUUAAUCUAGGGUAGGCAGUCGCGGUGGCCCAGCACUCUGCUGUGGAUGAGAUGCCACCAUGCUUGUUGACUCGGGGGACUUAACACUGAGUUCCCCUCUCCUCCCCUUGCCGCCCGUCGUCAAUGCACACAGCUGUGCAGAAAUGGAUUCUUCUCUCCUCAGCCCUCAGUGCUGUCCUUGGAAGUCUCGGAAGAGAGCUGGGGGUGGGGGGAGGUAGGAAGGAGGGCGGGCAAGUGACCGCAGGAAACUGAGGUGGGGGAAGGGGUGCUUCAGAGGUAGGGUAUAAUGUUUCUGCAGCUCCCCUCUGUUCCCACUCAGCUGUGCGGGGAUAGAGCUUGUGGGCUUGGGGAAUACGGGUGCCUGGGGCUUACUGUGUCUGAAGUUACCAGGCAGCUGGAGUAGGCACAGAAGGGACCCCCAAGAUGCUCAGAGCUCAGCCCUGGUGGUGUCUACUCCAGGCCAAGGUAGAGCUUGCAGUCUUUGUUCCCUGGAAGAUUGCCUCAGACCUGGGUCCUCUCUCUGGGACCCCAAGUUUGGGUUUUGAAGGGUAACCACCUACCAGGGGAGGGGUCUGAGCGAAGCCAUGCAGUCUCUCUGGGAGGGGAUUUUCCAUUGUGUGAAGAUCUCCAGGCUCAGUGUGGGCUCUGUGUGAGUCUUAGGUCAACCCCUUACCUUUCCCGUUCCCUCCCACGCUCUCAGAGAAACGUGGUGAGCUCCCCACAAGGACCCCUUUAUGCACACUGUAGCAUCUACCUGGUUUUUAGUCCCACCCUACCCCACGGUUGCUGUGUCUGUCAGCUGGGUCUGAAAAUCACUGGGAGGGGUUUGUACUCACUAAAAGACUACUGACCCUACCAGAAAAUCAACCUGUUUACUGUACUGUUGUAAAUACCGUGCCCUUUAUAUCCUGUAUAUUGGCUUCUUUUAAAUAAAAUAAAAAUGUCUUAGAACAGAC